CGGGCCGAGACUGGCCAAUGAGCGUUGUCAGGGUCAUCAAGAUGGCUGCUACCUCCCAGUUUGCCAGUCGAUACAAAAAGGAUUUGAGUACAGAAACCCUCAGAACAAAAGUUGCACGCAGAAAAUCAAUGCUUCAAAAGGAGAACAGACACAAGUUGUUUGAAAAGGGCAGACAGUUUGGAUUGGCAGAUGUCAAUGUUCAGCUCUCAAAAGAGAGGGGAAUUUCUCAACUAAAUGAGACAAGUGAAAUGUGCUCUCAAGAGAACAGCAGUGUAAAACAGAAACGACCUACAAAUGCAGCCACCAAGAGGAUUAAUGAACGCAAGGAAAUGCUCCAGCGCUAUAAAGAAGAAAAGGAACUUCGAAAACUGAGAGAGCAGAGAGAGAAAGCAAAAAAGGGUGUGUUUAAAGUUGGGUUAUAUAGACCAACUGCGCCUGGAUUUCUUUCACUCGUAUCUGAAGAUCCAGUGAUAGUGAAGCCAAGAGAGAAGGCAGCUCCUGCUUUCUCCGGGAGGAUUACUCGAUCGAAGGCCAAGAACCAAGAAGAAAAAACUGUGAUGCCAACUGCAUCUAAGCACUCUACGGUCUGUGCCAACGGGCAUAGUGUGCGCCCUACACAAGCAGGACGUAAACAGAUGAGUACAGACAAAGCGGCUGAAAAAGAGAAAGUGUUGCAGACUGCAGUCCAGAUGGCCUCAAAUGUAAGAAUCACCAGAGCAGCCUCCUCUGCAGCUAGGCAGAUGCUGAAAACAACAGCUACUGCUGGUAGCCAGUCACAGAGAAAGACAGCAAACGUAGGAAAGCAGAAGAAAGCAGUCAAACCUGACAUCACGGAGAUAAUUCCUUCUAAACAUGAAGUGGAUAAAAAUGCUCAACUGGAUCCAGCGAUGAAAGGUUCUGCAGCUGAUUCUAAACAUUCAGUGUCAGUAGAACUUCAACAGGAACAAACCUCAGCAGAAAACAAAAACAAUUCUGCUCCAGGGAGACCCAGAACACGCUCUUUUGCACCUCAAAACUUUGUGUUUCAGCCAUUAAAUGGAUUAGCGACCUACAAAGUUACACCCAUGACUCCUUCUAGGGCAAAUGCAUUUUUGACACCUGAUGCCUUCUGGGAUUUUUCGAAAUCUCCAGUUAAUAUAAUUGAAAAAUCCAGUGAAACUAAGGCACAAGAGCCUAAUUUAAAAAGUCAAGUUUCACCUGCUGGUGAAGGCAUUCAAGAACAGCAGACCACUACAAGUUUGAAAGGAGAAAAAGCAAGUGAAUCAGGUGAGAAAAAUUCCAUUCAGAGAUCAAAUGAAACAAUUCCUGUCUCUACAGAUACAACAACGCUUGAAACCAAGUCAGAUGAUACAGGAGAACAAGAGCAUGAUGUGCCCUAUUUCAGAAACAUUCUUCGGUCUGAGACAGAGAGGCUGAUGUCUCAGUGCCUCCAGUGGGAUGGAAAAUUUGAGCUGGACAUUCCAGAGGAUGCUAAAGAUCUUAUUCGCACCACAAUUGGUCAGACAAGACUGCUCAUAGCAGAAAGGUUUAAACAGUUUGAAGGACUGGUGGAUAAUUGUGAAUUUAAACGAGGUGAAAAAGAAACAACAUGUACAGACUUAGAUGGAUUUUGGGAUAUGGUUAAUUUUCAGAUCAAAGAUGUGAAUAAAAAAUUUGAUAAUCUGAAGAAGCUUCAAGACAACGAGUGGCAACCACUUGAUGUCCCAAGCAAAGCAAUUGUCAAGAAGACGGCUAUUCCAAAUGGAGUGUCUAAACCAAAGCUGGGAGCAGCUGGAAGAACUGCUGCCAAAAACCGGCUUGCUGCUAUAAAAGCAGCUAUGAGGGAUAAAAUGAAGCAUGAUGGAGCUGCUGAUUGUACGCAUCAGGAGAAACUACCAGAAGUCGAAAAAGUGGUUUUUGAAGCAGGAUUUUUCAGAAUUGAAAGCCCUGUGAAAACCUUUCCAGGCUUGCUUUCAAAGACACCUCGCAGAUCUUCCCAGCGGACUUCUGAAAAAAUGGCAACUCCAAGAUCAUCCAGUAGAGCUCUGCUUCAGAGCAUUCCUUCUGUUCUUCGUAACCCUGAGGAUACAACUGCGAAACAAACACCACCAGUGCUCAAAGGCUUCCACCCAGCACAGAAUUUGAAAAUGCACCAAUUUCCCACUGGAAAAACUUCCCCACUGGAAAAACUCCCUGGUGGUUUUCUUGAACAAAGCACUUCCGUAGUUGCAGAAGAACACUGUCCUGUUGCUGGCACAGCAGAGGGAACUAAGGUGCUGGAAAAUUCUAGCAGUGAAUUAAAAGUAACGGAUGGCAUGGAAGAGAUGGAACUAUCUGCUGCAGAACAACAAGGACAAGAUAUUGUCAUGUGGAGCCCGGAGAAGGAGACCUGCACAGGGACUAACUUUGCUCAGUCUGGAGAACCAAAAAUACAUCAAACAGAUGUUUCCUGUAGUGAUUUGACAUCCAUUGGCAGAAAUCCUUUUGAUAUGCCAAUGCUGGAUGCUGAGCUUCCCUUCACUCCAGUCAAGAGCAAAGCCCAGAAGUUUGCAGCAGCUGAAGCAUUCAGUGACCUUAUUGUAUUUUCUCCCCUUUCUCCCUCUGGGGAAAAAUGAAGAGUGACUUGAAAUUCGAAACGUGUAAAUUAUAUUAACAAAAAAAAAAAAUCACAGAGGAUAUCUGGCAUACGGUCUGCUACCCUUGAACUGUGUUCGAGUGAAUGAAUACCUGUAGUGUUUUGUAGUGGAAGUUAUUAAAAUAUUUUGUAACGUUUUAUGGUGCAGUCAGUAUGCACUGUAAGUACCGCUGUAUAUUAGUAACGGGGUGUUUGCUGGUUAUACCUGCUGUAUCCAGUGAUUGCAUAUUCUGACUACAACCUGAAAUAUUUUUAUUUUUGUAUAAUUUCAUGUAUUUCCUGUCUACUUCAAGUUGUAAAACUAUUCAUCUUUAAGCUUUUCUGUCCUGACCUUACUUACCUCAUGAAUUAUUAUUAUAAGAUGCCUACCAGACUAGCUGUACCUGUGCCCUGUUUCUGAUGUGAGGGCACCUUCUGGGGGUAAGACUCAGCCUGUUGCCCCCCCCGAAGCACUGUUUCAUGCUCAGUCGCUGUUUCGAGGGUCCUGUUGCACCCUUAGGCUCUGGUAUUCUGUGCAUUAACAACUGCCUGAUCAGCAGCAUGUCUGAGGCAUGUAAUUCUUUCCUGGGGGGGAGUCUUCCUGGUGUUUAACAACCACUUGCUUUGUAAUAGUAGAAACUAUCUCGGAACAAGGAUUUCAAGGUCAGAUAAUAUCUUUUCCUGGCAAUGUGCUAAAAUAGGCAUGAUUAUUUUCUUUAAGGACACAGUUAUCUAUUAAGCAUGUUAAGUACCUUCAAGCCAAACUCUAUUCUCUCUUUGCUUUUUCAUGUGAAAAUCUCUUAACCUCUUUCUCUGAACACUUGACAUGUUAACCUCAGCCUCUUCUCGCAUCUUGUUCCUUAUGCAUUCUCUUAUCUGGACUGUAAUAUAUUUAUGCAUAAGGAGCAUGCCAGUUACAUAUACUCUAUAUUUGAGUAAUAGUAUUAGAGUAGAUGCUAGAUGCUAUAUUUUUAACAAAUACCUGACUGGGCUUCUUCUUGUAAUGGUCACCUUAGUGUAAUACACACAUUCUUCUUUAUUUUAAACCAAGCAGAGGUAUUUCAGAUCCCUCAGCAGAAAGCAUUGCCACUACAGCUGGGGGAGCUCGCCUGACUUAAGUUUUAACCUGGAAGCUGUGUACUGAUUACACUGAAAUAAAUAGAGGAAGCUCAUGUGA